AUGGUGGACAUGAAGUCGCUGUUCGAAGCCGAGCGCGCGCGCAGAAUUGAAGCGAAGCGAGCGACCGCCGCCGCGGAAGAGACGUCGUCGUCGAACGCGGACGAGAUCCGCGCCGCGCCCGCGCCGUGCGAUCUGUCGCCGCGGACGCCGCUGCGCCUCGCGGACCACGCCGUCGGCGCCGACCGCGGCGUCGCCGGCCUGCACUACGUCCCCGACUUCCUGUCCGCGGACGAGGAGGCCGCGGUGCUGCGCGGCGUGUACGCCCCAGACGCGGCGUCGCGUUGGGUCGCCUCGGGCCAGCGACGCGUGCAAAAUUGGGGAGGGCGACCGUCCGAGUUGGACGUCGCGGAGCCGCUGCCGCCGUUCGCGGCCGCGCUCGCGCGCGCGGUAUCGGACGCCGGGGUCGUCGCGGAGGGCGCGGCGCCGAACCACGUGCUCGUGAACGAGUACCGACGCCCCGCGGGCAUAACGCCGCACAACGACGGCGACAUCUACAACCCGCGCGUCGCCAUCGUCACCCUGAGCGGCGGCGCGCUGAUAGACUUCUGGGCGCGCGAAGGCCCCGCGUCCGAGACGGACGACGAGGACGCGCGACGCCCGGACGCGCCGUCGCCGAGGGCGCAAGUGUACCUCCGACCGCGUUCGUUGCUGCUGUACGAGGGCGACGCGUACGCGCUCAGGCACGGGAUACGCGAGGCGAGCGUGGACAGGAUCACACCGCUGUGCGUCAACGCGGCGGUCGCGGGCGUGAAGGUUGGCGACGAGGUCGAGCGAGGGGAGACGCGCGUGUCCGUCGUUUUCGUUCGGAAAGAACGCCGAUAG